AUGGAGCUGCAAGACAUGCUCGUCAAGUGUCUCAAUGUCCCCAGACCGGAUCCCGAAUGUCCUGCCAUGAUGCCUCCGCCAGGCGUCCUGCCGCUCGAUCCCAACGGUGCCUCGACAUGGUCCUUUGGCAUGCCAGUCAUUGCCGUUUGCCUGAUCCUUGUCGGACUGUCCAUCAUCAUCCGCACCUUCACCCGAUCCUACGUGCUAAAGGUAUUCGCUCUCGAAGAUGCCGUCAUGCUUCUGGCAACACUUGGCUUCGUCGCCUUUGCCGCCAUCGUCCUCGACAGCGCCUCCUUGGGUUUCGGCAAACACCAGUGGAACGUGACGGUUGCCAACGUCCUGCGAGCUCUGCACCGCGCCUAUGCCGUUCAGAUCAUCUACUGCCUGGCCAUGUACCUGGCCAAACUCGGCGUGCUGCUUCAACUCAAAGCCACCUUUGACAGCAAGACGAGAGACUUCAUGUUCUGGAUGUACUGGGUUUGCAUCGUGACCUUCACCUGCGCCUACACGGCAAACCUCUUCAUCUGGAUCUUCCCCUGCAUCCCCAUCCGGAAGAAGUGGGACCCCUUUAUUCCUGGACAUUGCAACACCACCAUCAAACCCGGCCUUUUGAGCGGCGUCGUCAAUCUCGUUACCGAUAUCCUAAUUCUCGUGCUUCCCAUUUAUGCUGUUUCACGCCUGCACAUGAGCUGGAGGAAGAAGGUGUCCAUUUGUGGUAUAUUCGCGUCAGGCCUGCUUGCAUGUGCAUCCAGCGCAUUACGACUCCACUACUCGAUCGAACGCCUUGACAGCAAGGACCUUACCUACUGGCUUUCUGUCGUCGCCGUAUGCGCCAUUCCCGAGAUUGCCGCACUCCUCAUCUGCGGCGCCUUUCCCACCUUUCCGCUCUUCUUCAAGUUCAUCACCCAGGACGUUGGCAAAAAAGCAGGAUACAUGGUUACCAAUUCCGGCAAAGACUCGAGCAACGCGCCCUCCGAAGCCAUCAUCCUGUCGAAGCGACACAAAGAAGCUAUAGAUGCUGUUGUAUAA